AGAACCAUGAAGUUGGUGAUGGAACAAUCAGGCCAAUCAUUGUCCAAUUAUCUCAACAAAUUUUCUCUUCUCAACUUACAUUAUCUGCCAACACAGACUUCAUGGAACUGUUUCCUGUUUCAAAUAUUCAGCCUUUUCUUUCUGGUAAUGGCACUAUUCAAAGGGUUUAUAUUCAUAUUAGAACCAUUCAGUCCUUCGACUGCUCUUUUGCUCGGCGAUUACGCCAUUAACCUCGGUGCACCUCAUCACUUUUUACACUCGAUUAACCUUCUUUGGCUUUUGUGUGGUUUCAUUUGUUUCAACUUGAUUCAAUCGACAAACGUUUCACCCAAAAAACAAUUCUGGUUCCAUUCAUUAUCCAUUCUAGAGGGCGAUGUUCCUGACUGGACAAGAGGAACCAAAGCAGUUGUCAUUUACCUUUUCUUUCACAAUCUAAAGUCCAACCUCAUUCUUGGCGGUGCAUUCAGUUGGUGUUUGUAUAUUCCAGUGCUCAUUGAAAGUAAUUCAACAGAACAAUUUUUUUUCCUCAACCUUUCAGGUUUCAAUGGUGCAAUUGCGGGUUACUGUUGCACUGCUUUUUGUGUCAACUUUUCCUUUAUAUUCGCCUUCUAUUCUGUAACCACUGCUUUGAAGUACGAUAAAAUUGCAUCGAGAUUGAGGAGACAAGUCUCGACUCUUUCCGAUCCAACAAUCAUUGACUCGAUAAAUCAUGAUUUAAUUCAGUUGUUGAUUGAGAAUCAUAAAGCAAACUAUUUUUGGACUCAACUCAAUUCGACCAUUUUUCUUCUUACUUUUAUCGCUCAAAUUCCCAUUUUAUAUUUGAUCUUUUUUGUACCCUUGACCAACUUUACCAAGUUUUCAAUGGUCAUUCUGGGUGCGCUCAACUUUCUUUGUGGCCAAUCGAUUACCUUUCUUAGUGGUAGUUUUGCCAAAACAAAGCUUGACAAAUGCCAUAAACAGCUUAAUCGUCUUUUAAUCAGUCGAGAUGAUUUAACAUUUUAUCAUAGAAUACAAUUGAUUUGUUCAGCUGAUUACUUGAUUAAUCGCCAUUUGUUUUACAUCUUUGGACAAUUUGAAUUUACUCACAUUAAUUAUCUUCUGGUUAUCAUGGAAAUUAUAUCACACUUGCUAUUACUCAUUGCCAAUGCUGGUGCUGGUUGAGUAAUAAUUGUCAAUGGCAAAGC